CACUGCCUCCAGAUUUACCUGCUGACUCUGAGGAAGUAUCUGCUGUUCUCAGAGCUUCUCUCAUCUUCUAACCUGGAUGUUGUCUCGUUCCUCUUUGGUGUAUUUUGAGGGAAUUUGAGGCCUGUGAAUUUUUUUAACCCAGGCAGUGAUAACUUUAACAGUAAAUUGUCAACAUUGGCCUCUUUUCGGCCCCAAAGAAGCUUUAUUUAUCUGGAUCUGGAUUUAUUUGUGCUGUUGAAGGAGUGACGCUCUGAACGAUUUGAGCUUCAAGAUUAGGAUCUUUGUUCUUUAUUUUUUGGAUUUUUUAAUCUGACUUCAGGUUAACAAUAUGAGCAAAGCAAAAACCAAAGAAAAAAAUGAAAAUAAGACUGAAAAAGCUUUGGCUGCAGAAAAAGAACAGUUUGGUAAACAACAGCUCCAAAGCCUCAGUAAAAUCGUGGCCACAACUGAAACACCACCUAAGGAGAAGUAUGUACGCAGCAUUAUUUUGGGAACCUACAAAGAAACCGGAGCCACCACCUUCUGGUCCUACGCUGUGAACCUGCCUGUGUCGAGCAACUCGAUGGUCAGCUGGAAGUUCUGCUACCUGCUGCACAAAGUCCUCAGGGACGGGCACCGAAAUAGUGUGGUAGAUUCCCACAGACACAGCCGCACAGUCAGAGACAUGGGGGUCUUAUGGGGAAACCUGCAUGAUCGAUACGGCCACAUCGUUGCCCUGUACGCCAAAUACCUUCACCUGAAAAUGGAAUUUCACGCAAAGCACAAGGUGAUUCCAGGUAAUAUGGAGGCUACAGACGACACUUUGGAAAAGGAAGCAGGGACUGACAUGACUAAAGUGUUAGAUAUGACCCAGGAGCUUCUGGAUUCCCUGGAUGCUGGACUAAAGAUGGCUGAGACAGUCCUGCGUCAGCUGGACGCCAACGGAGCCAAAUCCACCACCCCGGCCGGACAGUGCAGACUGACUCCCCUCAUCCCCCUCAUCCUGGACAGCAGCUUCCUUUAUCACUUCUCCGUCCGGUUGAUGUUCAAGCUUCACAGUCGUGUAUCUUCAGAUGUUCUUCUCGGACACAGAGAGAGGUUUCGAGACCUCUUCAUGAGCCUCACGCAGUUUUACAAAAGAGCCAGGGAGAUGGAGUUCUUCAAAAGUGUGAUCCAGAUUCCUGAUCUUCCAGAUGAACCUCCAAACUUCCUGCGAGCUGCAGCUUUGGCGGAGUAUAAAAAGCCAGUGGUUGUGAUGCCGGGUGAGGACUACCAGGAGGAGGAGGUGGAGACUCAUCCUGAGUUCAGGGAGACGCCCCAAAUGCCUCAGUACUAUUUGCUCAGCCAGAUGGGAGCUCCUGAAGUUCCACCUGAACCCAUAGAAACGGAGACUGAUGGGUGGAGGAGGGAGAUGGAGCCACUGAAACCAGAGAUCCAGAUCAUCAAGAAUGAGGCUCAGAAGUCCGUAAUCGAACUAACGACUCAGUUGAGCCACCUGGAAGCCGAGCUGGAUGUGCAGCGUACCCACAACCAGGUGGCGCUGAUCGAAAACGAACACCUGAGGAUGGAGGUGGAGGCUCUCCGAGCGGCUAAUGUCGUCGGGGUGGGAGCGCAGAUCGGCUACAAGGAGGCAGACGGCAGAGCUCAAGCUGCAGAGCUUCGCUUCUCCCAGCUGAAGGACAGACACGCAGAGCUCGUCACCAGCCACGCUGACUUAAUGAAGAAGAACGCUGAGGCGGUGAGGAUGCUGUCCAGUUCAAAGCAGGAGCAGGACGAUCUGCUCCGCACCAAGAUGAAUCUGGAGAAGGAGCUGGAAAACCUCCGAUGGGACAGACAGAACAAGGUGCAGCAGCAGCAGCAGGAGGUGGAGCGCCUCAGUAAGGAGCUGCAGGACCAGAGGGCGGAGGUGGCGCUCCUUCGCAGUUCUCUGGAGAGCAAAGAAACGGAGGGAUCUCGUGUGAGCGGCACCUUGGCGGCACUGCAGGCCGAGCGGGACACGCUGCUGCGAUCUGCCGCUGAGAGGGACGCAGAACUUUCCUCGCUGAGGCAGCAGGCGCAGCAGCAGCAGAGCUUCCUGGACCUGGAGAAGGACCGGAUGAGCCGGGAGCUGGAGGCGCUGAGAGCUCAGCUGCAGCAGCAGCUCGCCAUCAACGCUGAGCAGAAGCAGGAGAUCGACCGGCUGAGAAGAGAGCUGGACUCCACAAGAGCAGAACUGACCCGAGCGAACAGCGCGCUGCAAAGCAGAGAAAUGAGCGGCACUCAGCUCAGCAGCAGUCUUGCUGGGCUGCAGGCGGAGAAGGAGGCGCUGCUGCGGUCGGUUCGGGAGCAGGAGGCCGAGCUGAACUCCCUCCGGCAGCAGUCCCACUUUCAGCACAGCUCCCUGGAGCAGGAGAGGCAGAGGAGCAGCAUGGAGCUGGGAAGCCUGCAGGCUCAGCUGCAGCAGCAGGCCCACCGGGAAACAGAGCUGGCCCAGAAGCUGCAGAACGAGCAGUUCGCUCUGCUGCAGUGUGCGGUGGUGGAGGCCGAGGGCAUCAUCCUGGACGCCGUGGCCAAACUGGACGACCCCAUCCACAUACGCUGCGUCAGCUCUCCCGAUUACCUGGUGAAUCGAGCUGAAGUCACUCUGGGAUCCAUCGACAAACUGCAGCAGAGUCACCUGGUUUACCUGGGGAACAGGAACGACGCCAGCGGCUUGCUGAGAGCGGUCACGCAGUUUUCCCACCUGGCGGCCGACACCAUCGUAAACGGAGCGGCGACCUCCCACUCCGCCCCUGUGGAUCACGCCGACAGUCUGAGCGACGGCUGCCGGGACUGCGCCCAUCAGUGCCUGCAGUUCCUGAAGGACCUGAAGUUCCAGGCCACGUUACCACAAGCCAACGCGGCUGCCAUUCGCUACAGCGUGCAGCGCAUCCUCGCCAUGGGUCAGGAUCUGCGGCCGAAAGGACAAGACGUGCUGAGAGAAGAGCUGGGCACCAUGGUGGACAAAGAGAUGGUGGCCACGUCCACGGCCAUUGAAGAGGCCGUGCUGCGUAUGGACGAGAUUCUGACGCAGGCGAAGAAAGACACGACGGGCCUGAAGCUGGAGGUCAACCAGAGCAUUUUGGGAUCCUGUUCUGACCUGAUGAAGGCAGUUCAUAUCCUGGUGACGGCCGCAACCGACCUGCAGAAAGACAUCGUGGAAGGAGGCAGGGGGGCAGCAUCCACAACUGAGUUUUACGCCAAGAACUCUCGCUGGACUGAGGGCCUGAUCUCUGCCUCCAAAGCCGUGGGCUGGGGCGCCACUCAGCUGCUAGACUCGGCUGACCGGGUUGUGUGUGAAAAGGGAACGUACGAGGAACUCAUCGCAUGUUCUCACGAGAUUGCUGGGAGCACCGCCCAGCUGGUUGCAGCCUCCAAGGUGAAGGCCGACCGCAGCAACAAGAAGCUGAACACGCUGCAGCAGGCGUCGCGGCACGUGAACGACAUGGCCGCCGUGGUCGUGACCUCCACCAAACACGGCCAGAAGCAGAUCUCUGAUCACGGGAUAAUGGACUUCUCAGGAAUGUCUCUGAUCAAGCUGAAGAGGGAGGAGAUGGAAGCUCAGGUGAAGGUCCUGCAGCUGGAAAACCAGCUGGAACAGGAGCGCGUCCGCCUGGGGGAACUGAGGAAGAGGCACUACGAUCUCGGGGCGUCUGGGCCCACCUCCAACCUAAAGGAGGAAGAGGACAGCUUCCCGCCGCCGCCGCCGCCCACUCUACUGGACUCCACUCCACUACCGCCAUCCUUCAGUCAGUCCCAGCCCUAUUUAAACCCCCAGGUGACACAGGCCUAUAUGCAGCCUCAGGUGUACACCCCCUCACAAACCUACACCCCCUCACAAUCUUACACCCCCUCCCAAUCUUACACCCCCUCCCAAUCUUACACCCCCUCACAAACCUACACCCCCUCACAAUCUUACACCCCCUCACAAACCUACACCCCCUCACAGCCCUACAUCCCGCCUCAACCCUACAUCCCAAACCCAGCCCAGAGUUACCCCCCUCCCUCGUCGCUCACAUCCAGCCUGGCUCAGGCCAAACCUGCUCCUCAGCAGAACGCCACAGAUUCCCCCAAGCACGCCUUCAAGAGACCCAGCAUCUUCACCAAGUCUGGGAACCUGCUGAAGAACGCGUUCAAACGAGGAGAAACUGGAGGCGGAGAGUCCUGAAGACCGAAGGAGUCGAUGAUUCUAGUAUUCACCUGAAAAAAUGACAGGCUAACUCUUUAAAUGACAAAUUACUAAUUAAUUGCAAUUUUUAAGUCAAACGUAGAAAUAAAUUAAUGUUUAUUAUUUUUGUAAUCUGACUGAUGGUUUUGUUGUCUGAGCAAUUUAUUAAAAGCCCAAAUUGAUCCUAAA